AUGACACCCUCAUUAUCGAAACUAGUCGCGCUAUCGCUUUUCUUAGGGACAGCCUUGGGCGAACCCUGGAAAGCUAUCGACGCGGAUUUUCCCGACCCGAGCGUCAUCAAAACCGGCGAUGGAUAUUACGCCUUUGCCACGACUGCAAACGGUGUCAAUACUCAGAUAGCUCAUUCCGCAGAUUUCAAAACGUGGAAUGUCUUGGAUGGCCAGGACGCGCUUCCGGGUCCUUUCCCUAGCUGGGUAAAUGGUAGCCAUCCGAAGGUCUGGGCUCCAGAUGUUAUCCAACGGAAUGACGGGAAAUUCGUUAUCUACUAUUCCGCUGCCACCAGCGGAACAGGCAGUAAGCACUGCAUUGGCGCCGCAACCUCUUCCUCAGUUACCGGUCCCUACUCGCCGGAGCAAGAUGUACUUGCCUGUGAUAAGAGCAAAGGUGGCGCCAUCGAUGCUGCGGGCUUCAAGGACGAUGAUGGUACAUACUACGUUGUUUAUAAGGUCGACGGUAACAGCCUUAAUGAGGAGGGCAGCGGAUACCACCCCACGCCUAUUAUGUUGCAGAAGCUGAAGUCGGAUGCUGUGACUCCUGACGGAGAGGCCAAGCAAUUGAUUGAUCGCGACGAUGCCGACGGGCCCCUGGUUGAAGCACCUAGUCUCGUGAAGAGUGGUGGCCAGUAUUACCUGUCAUUCUCGUCCAAUUGGUACAACUCCCUCAAUUAUGACGUUAGCUAUGCCGUCGCGUCGGCCGUCACUGGUCCGUACACCAAGGCGUCGGCUCCAGAUGCGCCGUUGCUGGUUUCUGGGGAUAGCAGUAAUGUCGGAGCGCUUGGAGGUCCCGGUGGUUCUGAUUUCCGCGAGGAUGGAAGUGCUAUUGUGUUCCAUGCUUUUAACAAUGGGAAGAACAUGGCCAAGGGUCGUGGGAUGUGGGCGGCUAACGUCAAGAUUGAUGGAGGAAAGAUCUCCAUCCAGUGA